AUGAAAAAUGAAAAAGGCAGCGAUCUGGAACUGAGCCAAAGGAACGCCUGCCCUCCAGGUUGGAGUGGGUUUCAAUCGCGCUGUUUCCUGUUUGUGGAUGAAGAGAAAGAGUGGAUUGAGGCAGAGAAAUACUGCAUCCGGUUGGGUGGAAACCUGGCCUCCGUGCACAGCAGCUCAGAGUACCGGUUCCUGCAGGCACUCACUGCUGGACAUUCCUUUAACUACCCACCUACCUGGAUUGGGGCGUUUGAUGCUGUCAAGGAACGGCAGUGGCAGUGGAGUGAUGGCACAGAAUUUUCCUACACCCGAUGGAAUGCAGAACAGCCCGAUAACUGGCACUACAAUGAACACUGCGUUCACAUGAACAUUCAAAGCACAAAAGGCUGGAACGAUGUCGAGUGUGCUCAUCUCUACCCUUUCAUCUGUGCUAUACGAAGUACAGGAUGCAGGAAGACAAGCCGCUGAUUAAGCUGGGAAAGAAUCAAGGAUGAGACUAAACUAAAUGGCCUGUCCAAAUGAAUCUACGAUUUCUUUUUUUUUCCAAGUCUUGUCCAACUCAUUAUCUCU